AUGGCUAACGCAUCACAAGCGAUAAGAUCCACUUGCGAAGUAGUACGCGGUCAAGUAUUCGAUGUUGGACCACGUUAUAAAGACUCCAGUUAUAUCGGUGAAGGCGCUUACGGUAUAGUUUGUUCUGCCUUUGAUAAUUUGGCUGGUGUCAAGGUAGCCAUUAAGAAGGUUAGCCCUUUCGAGCAUCAGACAUAUUGCCAACGGACUCUGAGAGAAAUUAAAAUCUUAACAAGAUUUAAGCACGAAAAUAUAAUUGGUAUCUUUGAUAUUUUAUGUGCACCGUCAGCGGAGGAAAUGAAAGAUGUUUACAUCGUUCAAGCACUAAUGGAAACGGAUUUAUACAAGUUACUUAAAACGCAAAGAUUAAGUAAUGAUCAUGUAUGCUACUUCCUAUAUCAAAUUUUACGUGGCCUAAAAUAUAUUCACUCGGCCAAUGUCUUGCACCGUGAUCUUAAACCAAGCAACUUACUCUUAAAUACAACCUGCGAUUUAAAGAUAUGCGAUUUUGGAUUGGCCCGUGUAGCAGAUCCAGAGCAUGAUCACACUGGAUUUCUAACGGAAUACGUUGCGACUCGUUGGUAUCGUGCACCAGAGAUUAUGCUGAAUUCGAAAGGAUACACUAAAUCAAUUGAUAUUUGGUCAGUUGGUUGCAUAUUGGCUGAAAUGUUAUCUAAUCGUCCUAUCUUUCCUGGAAAGCAUUAUCUCGAUCAGUUAAAUCAUAUUUUACAAGUUUUGGGAACCCCUAACAUGGAAGAUUUGCAAUGUAUCAGGAACGAAAAGGCUCGCGGAUAUAUUCAAUCCUUACCAUAUAAUGCUACCAUGCCCUGGAUCAAAUUAUUCCCAAAGGCAGAUUCAAGAGCGCUUGAUCUUCUUGACAAAAUGCUAACCUUCAAUCCAAACAAAAGAAUUACAGUUGAAGAAGCUUUAGCUCAUUCUUAUUUAGAACAAUAUUAUGAUCCUUCCGAUGAGCCGAUCGCAGAAGAACCGUUUCGCUUUGAUACUGAAUUCGAUGACUUGCCAAAGGAUCGUCUGAAAGAACUAAUAUUCGAGGAAGUGCAACAAUUUAAGAAGACUAGGGUAAAAGAAGGUGAAAACUAA